AUGCUCACCUCCGGCCUCACAAAUGCGCCCCUCACCAAAGGCCUCCUCAUCUACACGAUCGCCUCAUCGGUCGCCCUGUCCCUCUUCGACAUAAAACACCUCGCCGUGAUCUAUGUAACGCCUCAUUUCUGGCCGUACACCCAGUUCUGGCGUGGAUUGUUAUGGCAGGUUGUCGGCUUUACCAAUUCCACCGAGGCCCUCUUCGCCGCAAUGCUAGUCUACCACCUGCGGGUUGUCGAACGCGCGUGGGGGAAGCGGAAGAUGGCGACCUUCCUACUCACCACACUACCCUACACGACUCUCCUCCCACCAAUUCUCCUCGCCCUCCUACUCCGCCCUAUAUCCCUAAACAAGCUGAAUUACCUCCCCUCCGGCCCAACAGCAACUAUCUUCGCCCUGUUGGCGCAGUAUCAUGCCACUAUCCCGCACACCUACCGCUACCGCAUCGGGUCCACAUCCUCCCCCACCACAACAAACAACAAUACCAGCAAUGACCCCUCCUCCACCGACAAUACCACACAGGCAUCCCAACCCAAACCCCCGGCACCGAGUCUAUCCCUCCUCCUCUCCGACAAAUCAACCACCUACAUCGUCGCUGCCCAGCUAGCCCUCUCCCAGUUCCCCGCAAUGCUCCUCCCGUCAGCUCUCGGCUGGAUCGUCGGUGUAGCCUGGCGCGCGGAACUGCUACCGGGUCUGUCGCCGGCUAGCACCGGGUUCCGGGUUCCGGCUUGGAUGGUUGGCGAGCAAGAGCGGAGGGGUGGUUCCGGCCCUGCGUCUGGUGGUGCGGAGAGGGAGAGGUAUGAGGAUCUGCGACGGAGGUUGGAAGGCGAGGUUGCUGCUUCGGCUUCAGGGCUGGAGGGGUCUGGUGCGCAGGCUCAGAGGCGCGCGAAUAGUGCCGGUGAGAGUGGUGGUGGGUUUGUUAAUCGAUUGACACGGGAUUGGUAG